AUGAGUCCUACUGGGAGUCGCCAGGUCCCUGAGGGAGAGCUGUUCCUCUCCUCACCACCUGCGCCAGCUGAAUCACCAAUCGUCGGGCCUCUACGAAUUAACAAGUAUGAUACUAGAACCCCGUCUCCUGCAUCGAAACACUGUGUCACUCCACCAUACCCAGAUGACCGUCCUCGUCCAUAUCAAGCAUCCAGUUCCAGUUCGACAGCGGGGAGUGACCGGACGGGAUCCCCAACAAUGAACAUUCAAACGUCUACACCAGCCAUCUCUGGCCCGUUGAGACCGUCGGAUUAUCCUCCAGCUUUGCGGCCGCGGGACGGUCGUGAAGCCAGACCGGCUACUCUGGCAGAGAGGCGGGGAAAUGCUCCCAAACCCCUGCCAGAAUCGCCCGGCCCAGAUGUACCGGAUAAAGAAGGACUGUUUCGUAAAUACACGCGAGUCCCAGCUGCAGCUCCUCCUGCGCCGAAUGGCAAUGCAUACGUGAAUUACCGGCAACAAUAUUACCCGCCUCCCCAGCCCUCAUCUACUCCUAAGCCUGCUUCAGCAGCCGCAACAGCAUCGCACUUACAAGUUCCGAAUGGAAAUAAUGCGAUCGGCCGGAUUAGCUCGACAGCAUCGAGUUCGACCACCCGCGCUCAACGGGGUUCUCCUCCCCCGCCGGAAACUCCCGUAGUUGGUCCCGGCCAACAGCCGGGAUCUGAUAUCGAGGCCCGAUACGCAGCUUCUGGGAUCGCUGGAACAUCGACACUAGCUGGUCUUCAAGUGCAAAACUCUGCUGCACAGAGAAGGGUGGAGCCCUAUGCUCACCAGCCACCAAGGCGGCCAUGGACCCCAACCGAACAACCAGGCACCCAACCACAUGGACCUCCGACAGUUUAUCAAGGCGACAGCAUUGUGAGCGCUGAUAAUCCACCGGCUAGUCCUAUCCCAAUCCAGCAUACGGUUCCACCUUCACAGUCGGCUCCACCUCAGCAACAGCCAUCGAGGAUUCCACCAAAUGCAUUAGAACAGGACCUUGACAGGAUGCGGAUUUCGUCCUCUCCCCCUCCGGCCUACUCAACUGUUUCAGGACCGGCUGCCUCUCAAGGGUAUCCCAUCGAAAAGCAGCGCCCAGCUGCUUCGUCCGCUCCUCCCGGGCACCCGGCAAUAACGGCUCCAACAAACGGGGCUACUGUGUCUACUAACGGUGCUGCCAUCGCAUCGCCAAUGGUCACCGCUCAGGACCAUCCAGCUUUUGCAAAUGACCCAAGACCACCCAUGCAGUCUCAGAAUGGCAUGCAGAAUGAGCAACAGGUCGCCUUUCAGCAGCAGCCACAGCAACAGCAACAGCCACAGCUGCCGCCGCAGCCCUUGGUCAGCCAAUCUCCGGCACCAUCGGGCAUGCCUCCGGCAUCUCCUCCACCGCUACCAGAAGGUUGGAUGGCGCAUCUGGACUCCAACUCUGGGCAAUACUAUUAUAUUCACCUGCCGACUCAGUCGACGCAGUGGGAGUUCCCCAAGGGCCCGACGCCGUUGAAUCUUAAUGACACGCCAUUGUCUCCAGUAGGCAGCAUUUACAGCAGUCAUCCUCUUGCGUCCCCGGCAUUGUCUACGUUUAAGCCUAUGGUAUCCCCGGGCCUUCCUAUGACACCAGGUUUCGAAAGCCUGCAAUCCCCUGUCAUGGGUGGUUUCACUGGGCCCCCUCCCAGCUGCGGGGUUGAUUUGUACAAGGUAGCACCAACAAACGGCGUCUACUUUGGGCCCUACCUUCGAUACACCAACAUGGACAUUGAGCACGGCAUUUGGCUUGGUUCCAUCCUUCUGGUCACCGAUGCCGCCCAACCACCAACAAUACACAUUCAUCAAAGUCUCGACCUGUCGCCUAGCCCACGCCAAUUGAAAGCCGUUGGCAUUUCUACUCAUCAACGAUGGACAUUCUACAGGUAUGACGUCGACUUGCAGAUGGACGAGUCUGGGCCUGCAAAAUGGACCUAUGCCAUCACAUCACACUUGGGUUGUACCAGAUACGAGUUCCUGGUUGCCGGCCGGUAUGAGACAAAUUGGCGUUUUAUCACAACCUCAGGAAACGAUUUCUCUCUCAACGUCAACGCCAAUGAUCGAGCCCGUAUGGGAGGCGUGGGACUCAUGUGGAAAGACAUUAUGCAAAAGCAUAAUGAAAUCGGAGGCUUCCACACCCAGUUAUGUCUUGGGGGUCAAAUUUACGCAGAUCGAAUGUGGAAAGAGAUCGCAUCACUGAAGCAGUGGCUUGCGAUCAGUGGUAAAGAUGCAAGGAAGAACAUGCCUUGGACGGCGGCGCAUCAGGAAGAUGUUUCUCAUGCAUACUUCCACUAUUACACAAGCCACUUUGACCAGCCUUAUGUGAGGGAGUCGUUUGCUCAGAUUCCUUAUAUCUGUCAGCUUGAUGAUCAUGACAUUUUCGAUGGAUUUGGCUCAUACCCUGAUCAUAUGCAAUUUUCGAACAUGUUCAAGAACAUUGGCCGCGUUGGUAUCGAUAUGUAUCUGCUCUUCCAGCACCACACGACGCUUGACAUCCUCCAUAACGCCAGAUCCGAUUUAGAUAUGUUCACGGUUACGGGAACAGGUUGGCACUUUGUCAAAUACUUGGGGCCAGCGGUGGUGGUAGUUGGCGCUGACUGUCGCUCGGAGCGCAAUCCACACCAAGUCAUGGCGGGUCCAACAUACCAGGGCAUUUUCCCCAAGGUAGCGAUGCUACCACCAUCCGUGCAACACUGUCUAUGGAUGCUCUCUGUGCCAAUAAUCUACCCACGACUGGAAACAGCCGAGCACAUCGCACAUACUGUCGCCACAGGGAAACGAGCUGUCACUGGUGCAUAUAACGUCCUCGGAAAGGUAACCAGUUCUGUUGCCGGUGUAGUCGGCGCAAAAGACAUGGUAGGCUCUGGGUUCGAUUCCGUCAAGCGCGCCGUGGGUAAGUCAGGGCUCAUGGGCGGGAUACUAAGCCCAUUUGGGGAGUUCGAUCUCAUGGACGAACUCCGCGAUCAAUGGACACACGAAUCCAAAGAACUCGAGAGAACUUAUCUCAUCCGCACUCUCCAAACAAUCGCCCAAUCCAAAAACAUCCGUAUGACCUUCCUUUCCGGUGCUGUCAACGUCUGCGGUGCAGGCCUCGUCCACGACCCGACCCGCCCCUCGGACCAUAAAACAAUGUACCAGCUCAUUUCAUCGUCAGUUGUUAACGGCCCACCUCCAUCAUACAUUCUCAAGCUCCUCCACAGCAGUAACAAGCCGCUCUACGUCCCCGCCAACGGUCACCGGUCCAACUCACAGCCGACUGAUACUAAGGAGGAUAUGAUGGAGGUCUUUCAGACGGACGUGACGGGCCAGCCUCGGGAGUAUCGAAAGCUGAUGGGGAGGAGGAACUAUGCUGCUGUCGUUGCUUAUGAUCCUGAGGCUGUUAGUGCGGCGUAUGGGCAGCAAACAAACGGUACAGGACACGGAGCUGGAAAGUUGAAUCUUGCGGUGGACUUCAUGGUGCAGGGAGAGGGGUUGUAUCCGACUGUUGCCAAGUAUGGGCCGGUAAUUGUUCCAAGUUUGGGGCCGGGGAAGUGA